AUGGACAAAAUUCGUGAAGGAAACUCAACCACUAGACUACCUCUUUUGGAUGGAGGAAACUAUGGUUACUGGAAGUCACAUAUGAAGGCAUUUCUUAUGUCUCUGGAUAUGAGGCAUAUGACAGGGAAUGUCGCCUUCUUCUCAGAACUUAGCGAAUGCAACGCAAAAUCCAUGGUUCUUGUGAUGGAAGAAAAGAGGUUGUUGGCAAAUUUGAUCAACAUUAUUCAAUUAUGCGAUCAAGGAUAUCAAGUCAGCUUUAGCAAGGACAGAUGCAAUGUGGUAGUAGUCAAAACAAAGUCUUUCUCAGCGAAACAAGACUGUCUGACAACUGUUAUCACUAGGAUUCAGAGGUCAAUUUUUGUAAUCUGUCAAAGGCGGAGGAAGCUUAAAAGCUUGGGUCGUUACAACAUCAAUGGAACUUCCAUUGCCAAAGUUGCAAAGGAUGACGCCAUUAUAGGCCUUCCCACUCUCACUUUUAAUCCACAGGAAUGUUGUUCAGAUUGUCCUACUGGGAAGCAAGUCAAGUCAUCCGAUAAGUCCACUUCUCUACCCUCUACUUCGCGCACUCUAGAACUUCUCCGUAUAGAUCUUAUGAGGCCAAUGCAAACAAACAGUCUGGGGGCCAGGAAAAAAGGCUUGUUGACACCUCAGCAGAAUGAUGUUGUUGAACGAAAGAAUCGAACACUACAGGAAAAGGCUCGGGUGAUGAUUCACGCAAAACAUCUACCCAUUUACUUCUGGGUUGAAGCUUUAAAUACUGUCUGUCACAUACACAACCGGUACAUGCUUAUUUUGAGUGACAGAGAGCAUCAUCGAAAGUGGGAUUCGAAGUCUGAUAGAGGAAUAUUUCUUGGCUACUCAACUAAUAGCCGAGCCUACAGAGUCUAUAAUCGGCAUAUGAGGAUAGUUAUGGAAUCCGUCAAUGUCAUCAUAGAUGAUCAUGAGAAAGUAUCUAAUGGAAGCGUUGAUGAAGAAGAUGGAGAUAUCUAG